AUGACGUGGAAGUCUUUUUAUGAAAAGAUUGAGAAGUCAAGCCCUGCUGCCGGAGAAGGUGCCGAAUCUGAGGACUCCUCUCCUGAAGUAAAAGUCGAGGACCAAGGCCUCCAUAUGGCUUGGACAAUUUCAGUGAUCUGCUGGGGACUGGGUUUGCUUGGUCACAAGAACGACGAGCUCUUGUCAUGUUUGGCCAGUUUGGUCAAGCCGCUGCUCCAGCACCUGAGCCCCUACCAGUUGCAGAAUUGCCUCUGGGCCUUUGCUUCGCUGGGGAUGAAAGACGCCGGCCCCUUCUUCGGGGCAGCAGUGGGAACCAUCGAGCCUCGCAUCAAGCUCUUCAGCCACGAGAGCUUAGUUGCCAUCCUCACAUCUUUCGCCAUGGUCAAGGUGUUGAGCGCCAAUCUUUUCGAUGCCGCCGCGAAGGUCCUCGCCGAGGCUGGGGAUACACUCCGCCCUCAGGACAUUGCGAACUGCACCUGGGCAUUUGCCAUUUUGCGACAUCCGCAUCCAGACAUUUUUUCCGGUCUGGGCACAUCCGCAGCAGCGAGGCUCCACGAGUUCCGGCCGGAGCAGGUGGCCGUAUUGGCCUGGGCCUACGCGCUGGCUCGACGGCGCCUGGCCCCACUUUUCGAGGCCAUCCAGAAAGAUGUGGUAGGCCGUUAUCAGCAAUUCAAUCCUGACAGCCUGGCUGGCAAGUUGUCUGUUUGGCUAACGUUCUCCAUGCUUUUGCUCUUGUAG